AAUCAGUCCAAAUACGGCUUUAUCUACCUUCUUUUGAGGCCAAGCCAUCCAGUUGCUUUCAGACCACUGAGGGGUAGGUGAUGUGCGUGCUUCGGGCAUUACGAAAACCCCGUCUUAGCCACACAAGGCUAUACAAGAAAUCUAGCAUAAGCCUUAUCCCCUACUACUCUCCCAUCUUGGUGUACGAUGAUGACCUAGCGACCUUGGUCGAAACACUGCCCUGGAACCUUCGAACUGUCAGUGGGAGCCACACCAAAUACAGGACAACGUUGAUCGAAUAUCAAUCAGAGUUAGGUGUAGAAAGCGAACGGACAAGCGCCUCGAUCUCUCGAUAGUCUCAAAGACGCACCAGGACUCAGUUACAUAAGUAUUAUAUCUAGCAAUAACAACAAAAUGGCUGGAGAUGACCUCGCUAUCGAUGUGCAUUCCCGAGACCAUGACAGCGAACUUGGCCUCGACGAAGCUGACUUAGCAGUUAUCGAAAACGCACAAAAGGACUCUAAUAAAGUCGUUACCAAGCCCCCAGUACAGCCAUAUCGACUAGGCUAUAUCUCCGUUUUCUGUAUCAUCAUAAACAAAAUGAUAGGAACCGGUAUCUUCGAUACCCCCACGGCAAUAAUGCACGGCACCCAAUCCGUUGGCUUUACUCUCAUCUUCUGGCUGCUCGGUAGCAUCGCUACGAUAGCCGGGGCCCUUGUCUUCAUCGAAUAUGGUCUCUCUAUCCCGCGCUGGGAGUUCAACGGCGCCAAGAUAUUCACUCCACGCUCGGGCGGCGAGUUCAACUAUCUGACCUAUCUGGUCAAGAAGCCAAAGUUCUUCGCUUCUUGUGUUUACGGCAUCACUUUUAUUAUCAUCGGCCACGCAAGUGCGAAUUCUCUGUCGUUCGCGAGCCAUGUCUUGAGUGCGAGUGGCUAUACGGAGGUCUAUGAUACGAGUCCGCCGAGGUAUUUGGGGAAUUGGGUUAGGGGCAUUGCGAUAGGAACUAUGAUACUAGUGUGCUUAAUGCAUGGGAUAUGGCGUCGUCUUGGAAUAGCUGUGAACAAUGUUUUCGCACUGAUCAAGCUCCUCAUGCUGCUGCUGAUCAUCCUCCUUGGGUUCAUGAGUAUUGGGGGAAAUGUAUUUAAAACACCACCUCCUGAUUCGGAGAACCUGUCUCCCACCAACUCGUUCAAGAACCCACAAAAGGAAGCUUAUGGAUAUGCUGAAGCCUAUCUUGCCGUCAUAUUCGCGUUUGGUGGCUUCAGUCAAGCCAACUACGUCCUCGGUGAGAUACGCCAGCCCCGUAAGGUCUUUCGCUCUGCAGUCCUCUUUGCUGUUGGGACAGUAUGUGUGAGCUACAUGCUCGUCAACAUUGCCUACAUGAUCGUCGUCCCGGUUUCCACCCAAGUCUCUGGUAAUGUAGCAGAGGCUUUCAUUCGCCUCACUCUAGGACGCGUCUCAACUUACGGCGACAGACACGCCGCCGAAAUCCUCCACGCUUUCAUGGCUUUCUCUUCGUUGGGCAAUGUCAUUGUAUCUACGUACACCGCUGCGAGGGUGAAGCAAGAGAUCGCCAAGGAAGGAAUACUACCGUUCUCGAAACUGAUCGCAAGGAACUAUGAUGCCCUGUCUCGUGUUUCAAGCUGCUUCCGACACCGCCAAUCGCAAAAGUCACGGGCUACGAAGGGAUGGGAAGGCCUCUAUGAGAAGACGCCUUUAGGAGCAUUACUCCUGCACUUAUUUUUCACUCUUCUCAUUAUCAUUUGUACCUGGGGCGUUUCAUCUCCAGCCUCAGCAUACACCGUGGUGUAUGGGAUAUACAGCUACAUCGUCGACGCCGUUACAGCCGUCAUCAUUGGAUCCGGAUUAUUGUGUCUGCGCUUCUUGCCAAAUAGGACGCACUGGUACUUAAAAUCCCCUUCAAACGGUAUUAUAUCCAUUGCCUCUGCAACACUCUUCGUCGUGGCAAACUUAUUUCCACUGAUAGCUCUCUGGGUGCCGCCAACGACGGCAUUUAUGACUGCUUAUCCGUGGUUCUUGGUCCCGACCCUCGGGGUGCUGUUGCUGGUUACUGGUGUGCUAUACUGGGGUAUCUUCGUCAGCAUUGUGCCUAAGUUAGGGAGCAGAAGGGGCAAGGAACUUACGGUGGAGAGGAGUCCAUUUUUCCAUACGGAAAAUGGAGAGCCAGUGCAGGUUGCGGAGGUUGUGGCUUUUGAUUGGACUAUUAGAAGAUCUGAAUAAGAAACUCACCUAACCAU